GGGCCACGUCGCCCUUAUUUAAGAGAAUCUUGAACUUCACACGAAAGUGGGCGACGUGGCCUUUUACUAGCCGGUCGAUAGUCUACGCUCCUCUAACAAAGGUAAAGGAGCGAAAAAGUGGUAUCGGGAGAGACGAGAGCUGAAGAACCGAGCGAGAAGGAGAGAGCUGAAGAGGUAGGAAGGGUUUUAGCUUACUCUGCAUCACAUCGAUUUAGCAGAGAGUCGAUUGAUUCUUUUUCCAAAUCGCUGUGAAGGCUGAGAGCAGGAAUGUUUCUUUUCUGGUUGUGUAGAGACGAGACCUGACGAGGGUUGUCGUUUUAGCAAAAAAGAAAACGAGGAUCGUCGACUUUCCAGUCUCAGAGCGCGAAUAGAACCAUUUCUUCUUAAAAUGAGUGGUGAAGAUCAUGUUAUAUCAAACAGUCAAACUGAAGAGGGUACAGAGAUGGAAUGCACAUCUGCACGUAGACUUGACUCGUGCAAUGCCUCACAGUCAAAUGCUCCUAUAGAAAAAGUAGGCCAGAAAGAUUGGGAACCAAAAGUAGGGAUGAUAUUUGAAACAUGGAGUGAUGCAUAUCAUUUCUAUUGUGAAUAUGCUAAAAAUGUGGGUUUUAGUGUCCGAAUACAGGGGGGAAACAAAUCCAAAUCUGGUGUUUUCAAAAAUAGAUUAUUUGUUUGUUCUUUUGAAGGCCAUCGUGCCUUUGAUAAACGACGAAUUCAUGUGAAAUAUCGUCGUGACAAUAGAAGAACUGGUUGUGAAGCACAAUUAACCAUUGUGUUGCAAGAUAAUGGAAAAUAUUGUGUGUCCAAAUUUGAAGGAACCCACAAUCAUCCUGUUCUAAACCCAAGAAUAUCACACAUGCUAAGGACACAGGGAAAAGUAACAGUAGCAGAUGCCACUCAUUCCAAGCUUUCCAAUAGUCCAGGAAUACAUCCAAAACCUAAAUUGAUAUUGCCAAAACCAACCUUAGAAUCUGUGAAUAAACAAGCUGGGGAAUUUCAGAAUCUUGGGCUCACUCAUGCUGAUUAUAACAAUUAUUUGUUAGCAAAGAGGAAGAGGGGAAUGUCAGUAGGAGGUGAACAAGUUGAAAGACUUCAAAAUCUUGAGUUUUCUCAUGGUGACUAUAAUAACUAUUUGGAUGCAAAAAGGAAGAGGGAAAUGGAAAAAGGAGGUGCAGGAGUUAUAUUGAAAUACUUUGAGAAAAUGCAAGAAGAGAGUAGGUCAUCCUUCCAUUCAAUACAACUUGAUGCAACAGAUCAAAUAACUAACAUCUUUUGGGCAGAUGCAAGGAUGGUGGUUGACUACAAUUGUUUUGGUGAUGUUGUUUGUUUUGAUACUACCUUUAGAACAAAUGAUGAGGAACCACUAUUUGCACUUUUUCUUGGAGUUAACCAUCAUAAGCAAACUGUAAUUUUUGGAGCUGCACUAUUAUAUGAUGAGACUAUCAACUCCUUUAAGUGGGUUUUUCAAUCCUUUUUGAAGGCAAUGUCUGGAAAACAACCAAAGACAGUUCUUACUGACCAAGAUGCAGCAAUAACAAAUGUAAUCAAACAGAUUUUUCCAGAAGCAGGUCAUCGUUUUUGUAUAUGGCACAUACAUCAAAAUGCAAUUAAGCGUUUGGCAACUAUUUUUUCUUCUUCUUCUUCUUUCGAGAAAGACUUUAGUAGAUGCAUAUAUGAAUGUGAGGAAGAGGAAGGUUUUUUUGCAGCAUGGAACGAGUUGCUUAUAAAAUAUGAUCUAAAAGAAAAUAUUUGGUUGCAAGGAUUAUUUGAAGUGAAAAAGAAGUGGGCCCUACCAUAUGGACGGAAUCAAUUUUGUGCUGAUAUGAAAAGCACACAAAGGAGUGAGAACAUUGAUAAUUCAUGGAGAGGAUACUUGAAAUUGGCCUCUACUUUAUCUCAAAUUUUUAAGCAAUUUGAAAAGGCUGUAGCAAAUUGUCGUUUAAAAGAAUUGGAAAUGGAUAUCAAAAUGAGCCAAAGUGUCUCCCAUUUGCCUUUCCCAAUUCAGAUGUUGAAGCAGGUUGCAUCUAUAUACACACCAACAGUCUAUAAGGUGUUUGAAAAGGAAUAUUCAGAAGCUCUUGAUUCUGUUAUUUUAAGUAAGGUUGAGGCUGGAACAACAAUUAAGUAUAGAGUGAAAUAUUGCAAUAGACCUUAUGAACAUGUUGUUACGUUUGACUCAUCAAAUCUAGCAAUUGUAUGCAGUUGUAAGAAGUUUGAGUUUGUGGGAAUUGUUUGUUCUCAUGCAUUAUAUAUUCUUUUAGAAAGACAAGUGAAACUACUCCCACCACAAUACAUCUUAAAGAGAUGGACAAGAUAUGCAAAAUAUGGACCUCUAAUUGAUUAUCGUGGUUGUGCAAUUGAACUUGAGCCUAAUGUUGGAUACUCCAUGAUGUUUAAAGAGUUACAGAGAGUAUGUGGAGAGGCAUCAGCACGUGCUGCAGAGGACAAAAAAGCUUUUUUAUUUUUAUUAGAUGUGUAUAAGCAUGCACGUCAGGGGUUGGAAGAAAUAUUGAAGAACAGAAGUGCUCCAGAAUAUGGGGUGGACUUGUCAUCCUUCUUUUGAUUUUCUAUUCCUAAUGGUCAUGGCUAAGCAUUUUGGAUGAAAAUUUCAUGGAGGAGGCAGCAAAGUUUCUUUUUAGUUUUUCUUAUUUCGGGGUGAGUAUCUUGUAGAUUAGUGCUUUUUGUUGACAAAUUAUGUUGUUGAUUGUCUCCUUGAAGUAAAGAUUGAUUUUUUUUUUCCAUUAUCUAUCAUUGAUGACCUUAGAAAAUACUAGAUUUUCCUAAUCUAAGCCGUGUUUCUUCUGUUAAUGUCAA